AUGGCUCAUAAGAAUAUACUGUCCGCCGAGAGUCGUAGAAAACCGCAGCACAUACAUAGCACCUUGCUUGCACAGUUUUGCGUCACAGGGCUCGGCAACCACGUGCGCGCAUCGCAUGCGUUGAUGGGCGGAGGCGGAAGCGGGGGCGGCGGGCGGGCUGGACGCGCGCUCCGCCUUCUGCUGCUGCUCGUACUGGCUCUAGCGGCAGUGGAGUACCUCUUCGGGUCCAUACUCGACGCGUCACCCCUCAGAACCUAUCUUUACACGCCGGUCUAUAACGCCACCCAGUCUACGCUCAGGAGCGGUGAACGACUAUCAGCCGGUUGGCCUAGGAGGUUGCCUAUCACGCCGAUCGAAAGCAAAAAGCUCACACAGGUACACCCAUCGCAAGUGAAGACCUCUAGAGUCCACUUCAAUAUUAGCACUCUGCUCGAUACAACGAAACACCCACUCUUGAACAUGACCCGGCCAAACGUUACGGAGGACACCAGCACGCCACUGCUCAUCACGAAAAUAAUGGAGGGAAUAAAGAAUCUGGUGACGACUGAGGAAUUUAAUCUUAAAAUGAGCGAGCCGACGCUACCGUUGUGCGACGAGAUGCCGCCUGAUUUAGGACCAAUAUCUGUCAACAAAACCGAAAUUGAACUGGACUUUGUUGAAACAAAAUAUCCAGAGGUGCACCGUGGUGGACGUUACUCUCCUCCGAAUUGUACAGCAAGGCAUAAAGUUGCGAUAAUCGUACCGUACAGAGACCGUCAGCAACAUCUGGCCAUAUUCCUGAAUCAUAUGCAUCCAUUCCUGAUGAAACAGCAAAUAGAGUAUGGUAUAUUUAUCGUGGAACAGGAUGGUAACAGCGAUUUCAAUCGAGCGAAGCUGAUGAACGUCGGCUUUGCGGAGAGUCAAAAACAAAAGGCCGGCGGAUGGCAAUGUUUUAUUUUCCACGACAUAGAUCUCCUGCCGUUGGACCAGAGGAACUUGUACUCGUGUCCUAGACAACCCCGACACAUGUCGGCUUCGAUUGAUAAACUCAAUUUCCGGUUACCUUACGAAGAGCUCUUCGGUGGCGUGUCAGCUAUGACGCUUGAGCAAUUCACUAAAGUAAACGGAUUUUCAAACAAAUAUUGGGGCUGGGGUGGCGAAGACGAUGAUAUGUUUUACAGGUUGAAGAAGGUCAACUACCAUAUAGCAAGGUACAAGAUGUCGAUUGCAAGAUACGCGAUGUUAGAUCAUAAGAAAUCCGCUCCAAAUCCUAAGAGAUAUCAGCUGCUCUCACAGACGAGUAAAACAUUCCAGAAGGAUGGCCUAUCGACCCUAGAAUACGAUCUAGUCGAUGUGGUGCAACACCACCUGUACACGCACGUCAUAGCGAACAUAGACGAGCACAGC